GAGAGGGUCCUCUCUUUCAGAUUUUGCUCCAAAAUCAGAACAACCAAACCUUCCAUCUGAUUUGCAGAGAGUUUUCUCAAGGGACCAACCAGAGACAACCAAGGACACUGUAGAGAGAGAAAGUGGUUCUUUCUCAUGUGAAAAACAAAGGGAAAUAAAAAAGUGGUUUUUGGGGAUUUGCCUUGGUGAUUGGUUGAACGAUAUUUCGAUCUGAAGAAACUUGUGUGACGGGUGUUGAUUAGAUGGGCCUUGCUUGCUGUGAUGGGUGUUUAAAUUUGUGCAAAGAAGUAAAAGGGGCAAAAAUUAGGAACUUGUGAAUUGAAUUGGAUUUCAUCAAUUCUGUUUGAACAGGCUCUUGAUUUUGCUGUGGUGGAUUGAAGUGCGAAGGCGCUCCUUUCUCUGUGGCGGAGACAUGUUGGACGGUCGUUCGUGCGUUGUUCCGAGGUUGUUUUCCAGCACUUGCCAGGCAGAGAACGACUGGUCUUACAUGAAGUGCUUGCUGGAGUUGGACAUCAAGAAUGGAAAGCGCCCUAUGGAGAUUGAUGAUGUCGAGGAUGAGCCCCAGCAGCCGAGGAAGUGUACUAGGAAGUUGGAUUCUUACAAUAGAGUUGAAAUGGCUCGAAUUUCCUUUCAGAGGCAAUCUAUUGAGGCCAAGGAUUCCGUCGUUUCCCAGAUGGAUCAGGAGACUAUUGAGCCAUUGAACGUUUGUGAAGGAGUUGUCGGAGAAGGUGGAGCUUUGACCGACCGGCGGCUACUGGGUGAGCAAGAACAUGAGGAGGGUGAUGGUGAUUUGAUGGAUGUUGGUGACCAUCAAUCCGAUGGACAGCAUCAGGCUAAGCCUGGGGAUUUAUCAGAUGAACACCGGUUGCAGCAUGAUGAGAAUCUAAUGAAUUCAAGUGAGCAGCAAUCUGAGCAGCAGCAGCAGCAGCAUGGUGGGGAUUCUUCAGAUUCCGGUUCUCUCUUGCCACGCAUGAACCGUGACAGCUCAAUCGCGUGUCUCAGCCGGUGUUCAAGGUCAGACUACGGUUCUCUAGCCUCGCUGAAUAGGAGCUUCCGGAACAUAAUCCGAAGUGGUGAACUCUACCAAUGGAGGAGACUAAAUGGGAUUAUGGAGCACUGGAUUUAUUUUUCCUGCGCCCUUCUGGAAUGGGAGGCCUAUGAUCCAAUCCGUCAGAGAUGGAUGCAUUUGCCAAGAAUGGCUUCUAAUGAAUGCUUCAUGUGUUCAGACAAGGAAUCUUUAGCUGUAGGAACCGAGCUACUUGUGUUUGGGAGGGAGCUAAGGUCUCAUGUGAUUUACAGAUACAGUCUGUUGACAAACUCAUGGACAUCUGGAAUGAGGAUGAAUGCUCCAAGAUGCUUGUUUGGCUCAGCAAGUCUUGGAGAGAUUGCAAUAUUAGCUGGUGGGUGUGAUUCAGAGGGACACAUCCUUGACUCUGCUGAAUUAUACAAUUCCGAGACUCAAACAUGGGAAACACUGCCAAGUAUGAAGAAACCCAGGAAAAUGUGUUCUGGGGUGUUUAUGGAUGGAAAGUUUUAUGUGAUAGGGGGGAUUGGGGGGAGUGAUUCAAGGGUGCUAACAUGUGGAGAGGAGUACAAUGUUCAGAGCAGAACAUGGACAGAGAUUCCAAACAUGUCCCCGGGAAGAAGUAGUAGGGGUCCUGAGAUGCCUGCAACGGCUGAGGCACCACCUUUGGUUGCAGUUGUAAAUGAUGAACUUUAUGCUGCUGAUUAUGCUGACAUGGAGGUUAAGAAGUAUGACAAGGAAGAAAAAGUGUGGAUUAGCAUUGGGAGAUUGCCAGAACGAGCGGUGUCGAUGAAUGGUUGGGGUCUUGCAUUCAGGGCGUGUGGAGAUAAGCUUAUUGUGAUUGGUGGACCAAGGACUCAUGGUGAGGGUUUUAUUGAACUCAAUUCAUGGGUGCCUAGUGCAGGGCCUCCACACUGGGAUCUACUUGCUAGGAAACGUUCUGGCAAUUUUGUCUAUAAUUGUGCUGUCAUGGGAUGUUGAAGCAUUGAAUUGUCAAAAAGUUACACAUUUUGAUGCUUCAAGUCCAAGGAGUGGCACAAACAUUGAUUCGUCCAUUGACACAGGAUUCUUGCUAAUUGGUACAUUGCCCCCCUUAUUUCUUUCUGUGAUAUUUUUCUUUGAAAGGUUGGGGAUGAUGGGGACAACAUUCAGAAAUUACUCAAGAUUAGCUGAAAAGUUUUAUGGGGAGGAGCUAUUCAGUCUUCUUUCUUUUUUUCUUUUUUUAUGUUUAAAAUUUCAACCACUAUUUUGUUACAUCGAAAUUGGCAUCUUCCCCCCCCCCCAUUUCCAUUGACAUGUGAUUUUUCGAACUUUGGUAUCAUGUAGCAAAGGAAUAGAUUAAAUAAUUUAAGUUCUACACAAACUUAGGUUACUGCUGUUGUUUGUUUAAGUUCUACACAAACUUCAUUUUCUUGAUCAUAAAUUUCCUAGCUUGAAGGAAUGAAAUAAUUUUCUGAGAGUUUUGUCUUUUUCUUUCUUUUUUUUUCUUUCUUGGAUUCUGUAUUCAUUCAAUUUUGCACAUUUGAAUUCAUGGACCUUGUAUUUUGAGCUGUUUCUAGUCUGGACUUUGGUAUCAUAUAUAGAACUUUCUGUCUCCAAUUUUUUAGCACUAUGGCACUAAAAAUGAGGAAAGUUUUCCUUUUUUUAGACUGCAACCUUGAUGGAAAAAUCAGUUUGCUUC